AUGAGACCAUCCAUUGACUUCACCAACGUUUUGAUAUGGCUGGCAAACGGCUGCAUCCUCCAUGCAGCUGCUCAGAGUAGCUCGCCUACGACAGCUGCCGCACCUCCGACCCGAAGCCACCAGUCUGCGGCCAGCCAUGGUCCAUACAGCGGAACUCCAAUGACCUCGGGAGCCUUGACGAACACCGUUUUGGCCACAGAGAUACCUGCGGGGCCUCCUGCGGCAACAGCUACCACGUACCCAAGUGAUGGAGAGCUUCACGAUCCCCAGCCUGCCCCGUACGUCCCCGCCGGAGGCCGAGGGACAAACGGGACCCAACCGGUGUAUAAUGUGAAGAGUGAUUUCGACUAUGAAUCAUUGGCUCUGGCAUUGUACCAGGAAUGGAUCGAACUGGAUCUCUUCCGGUACGGCCUUCGAAACUUCUCAGAGCAGGAAUUUACUGCCGCCGGCCUCACCUCAGAGGACAGGUAUCUGAUCGAGUUCAUGGCCGAGCAGGAGAUAGGCCAUGCAACCAUGCUCAGCAAUAUUUUAGGCGCUGAGGCUCCAAUGCAGUGCUUAUACAAUUACCCCUUCACCAAUGUCCGUGAAUUUGUGGAUUUUUGCCAGAAGCUCACUCGGUUUGGUGAAUCGGGCGUGUAUGGAUUCCUAGGCCAUCUCAACUCAGGAGAAGCAGCCACGCUUCUCCUCCAGUCCAUCACCACCGAGGCCAGACAGCAGAUGAUAUUCCGUCAGUUCAACGGCAUGUUCCCUAUGCCCGUCUGGUUUGAGGUUGGUAUCCCGCAGUCAUGGGCUUGGACCUUACUCGCCCCUUAUAUUAGCUCGUGCCCGCCGGACCAGACCAGACUUGCCUGGCAAAACUUCCCGGCUCUGCGCAUAAUCAACCAACCUAACCCAGCACGCAUCAAUGGCUCGGCGGGAACGAAUGAGACGUUGGGUCCUGGUAUGAACACGUUGCGUAGCUCAAAUCUCACCUCCUCUCAGGCCUGUCUCAACGCAACAGAUUCGUCUGCGGACUGUGCCCCAGCAAUAACUCAGAACCGUACCAACCCUCUCUCCUAUCCCGGUCGAGUCGUCAAUCUCUCCUGGGAUAGUCCCGGAAAGGCAGUCGGUCCAAAUAACAGCUAUAUCACCUCCUCUCAAGCCAAAGCUCCCAAAUUUGUCGUCUGGGUCUCUCAGCUCAACGUCACAUAUUCUACCUUGAAAAUGCAAGGAAACAGCUCAGGCACUACCGUGCAGCCGAAUAUGGAGACCUUCCAGGGUGAUCCAGCAAUCAACGGGACAAUGUUCAUCGCGGUCACGGACUCAGACACGCCAUAUACAUCGUUCAACCUGUCGAUGAUUAACCCGCAUAUCGUUGCUGGACCAGCUUUGUAUCAGGCCGGCUGA